AGUAAUUCUUCAUUUAUUUCAAGGUCUAGCAUGAUAAUAUCUUUAAGUACAGUAAAAUCUUUGUUUAAUCUAGCAAAGAGCAAGCAAGCAAGCAAUCAAAUACUCAAUAGGACAUCCCUUUCUCUAGCAUCUUCAAUUAAAAGCUUCUUUAUAUACUUCUUCACAAAAAAGUAUAAUAGAAUUCCUUCUUCGUUCUGUUACUCAAAUCUUGAGGCUUUCCUCAGGUGA